UCCUCAGCUGAAUACACGUGACUGAGAAGUGCAGGUGAACAAAAUAGAGACCGCGUCUGCAGCUGGUGUCUGCACUCUGCGUUGCCCUCUCUCCUUCAGGUUUCUUCCACAGAGUUGAUAAAAUGCCUUUCUUCUCGUCAUGGAUCAAAGCAGUUUUCAUCAUUGCCUUGACAUUUCCUUUUCAUUCUGAAACUGCUUUUGCACCUUUACCAGUCAUUCGCAAACCACCAAACUGCGAUUUAUAUUCAAACUAUAUCUGCACCAAAGAACUUGAUCCAAUCUGUGCAACCAAUGGCAAGACUUACAGCAAUAGAUGCAUGUUCUGCAGUGAAAAGCGACAAAGUAAAGAUGCGUUUGUAUUUUUGCAUUAUGGUGAAUGCUGAAUUUUGCCUGACCGACACAUUCCGGUGGCUUCAUUGUAACCCUUUUUGUGGUGGCUCCUGCAAUCAACUAGACUCUCCUUAAUUAGGGUCUCAUUCCUGGUUGAUCAAGUGAAGACUUCUACGGUACAUAGGAUGUACAUAGGAUGUCAAAGAACCUUUCCAACACUAAUAGCCUGUAACUAAAGGAACUUUAUUCUCUGUGUCCAAUUUUUCACUGAUAACUUAAAAAAAGCUAUUAUAAUAAUUUUGAGUUUGUUAAUAUAAAAUCUACCACAAUUUAUAAUCAUAAAUAUUUCACUCAAUAAAAUGUUAAAUUUUUUUAUCUUUGUUAAAAUAUUCAUACUAUCUUUGGUUAGUAAUGGGUUAAAAUAGUUUUCAUAACUAUAAUUAAAGAAACAUAUUCAGAGGUGAAUACACAAUACAUUACUUGAGUGUUUGGUGGGAGUACAGACUCCUGGGCUCCUCUUUAGCCUGAAGCACCAGAAUCUGUAGGAGAACAUUCUGGAAGUUCCACAUGAGCUAUUCUUCUUGAUCUCUCUAACUGCACCUUGCCUCAUGUGCCCAUUUACUUUGUGUUUUGGAAUUAUCUUGAAAUUAUUUAUUUCCUUGCAAUGCUUCUUGCAACAUUGAACUCUUGAACUGGCUAUUCUGUUUCACGAAAGACUUUUUAAACUUUCUAGUAUUCUGCUCAUAGGUUCAUCUCUGAUCAUCCUAAUGAGGACAUAUUGUCUCAGUUGUAAACUUGCAUGCCCUGAGACACUAUGACAUUUCUUGACACAGUUUUUUUCUGUAGAGAGAUAGUUUGGCACAUUUCUUAUUCACCUCUCAACUACAUUCCCCACAAGCAGCUGGGAUGGGGCACUGUGAUAAACUCUCUGUACGCAGAAUCUCCUAGAAAAAUGGGCUUCCACUCUUGUACUCAGGUUCUAUCUACCAGUUUAUCUUUCCCUAUUUAACAUCCAACUCCCUAUCCCAUGAAAAUGGGUCUGGGCAUUAGACUCUAAUCUCAAGACACACUGUGGUACUCAGAAGUAUACCCAAACCAGUCAAUCCAUUGUGUCUCCCGGUAAUAAACAUCAUCAAGUCACUUUGGCCUCUUCGAGUCAGAAACAAAUUUAAAAUAUCUAGUGUCUUUUGAAAGUAUCAUAAUUGUAUUUUCAAGAAUAUGGGUUCUCCAAACAACAACAGUAGCAAGGGAAAAAAAUCAACACAAAACCUUGCACUUCUCAGUAUAACGCAGUAGAGGACCUAGUAUGAAGCUCAGCUGAUGUUUAUGUUUGCUUAGGUCAGAUCCAGGAAGUUUAUCCCAUUAUUGCCUGAGUGGUGAAUUGAUUUAGCCCACAAUUCAUGAGAAAGUGACACUGAGAUUAGUCUCUAUUUUUUCUGUCUCUUUAAGAUCUCUGUCAUCUAAAGUCAUAAUCUUCUCCUUACUCAUUCUCUUACACAAACUAAUACAUUCAUUUUUUCUUACAAAACCGUAUAAAAUAAUUUACAUACCUAACAUUUCCUAUACUAGUUGAUUCCUAGGCUGCUUGGGGAGUCACAGGCAAUCUGUUUUACUCUUGAUGUCUACUGAUGCACACAUAAAGAGAAAUCCACUGCAUGGACUAUAAAGAGCUUCCCAGCAACUUCACCUCAGCUUCAGCUGAAUUUAGUUUAUUUCUCUAUCAUGAGUUUCUUUCGUGAUGAGUUUAUUCCUGGAAACAUCAGGUAGGGUUAAGGUGACAGUGCCCUGUAGUCAACAACCUAAGUCCAGACAGUUUAAAUAUUUAUUACUGACACUACUUUAAAUAUAUACCACAAAUAUAUAUGACUUUCUCUUUCUCUCUCUCUCUCUCUCUCUUUCUGCUGUUCCAAAUGUUUCCAGCAUGUGUGUCAGAAGAAUUUCCUCAAACCUUACUGCACAUGGGAUUGUUCUGGGAGCUUCUAAAGCUUGCCAAUGCCCAGUCCUUGUCAACUAGUGGUGGAUUUACAAUUUUGACUGCAGAAUGAUGCAUUCAUACUGUUUAAAAUUUCCCCCUAAAAUUAAAAUUAAAACAAAUCAAAAAAGAA